ACACCUCCUCUUCCUCUCUCCUCUCUCCUCUCUCUAGAACGACGCGAGCAAGAACACACGUACGAGAAGCCCGACCGGCACACCAACCACCACCAGCGGAGUAAUUGGGGGGAGGAGGGGAAAGAUCGUCAUCGAAGCCGCGUGCGCUUUAAUUCCCGGCCGCACGCCCUCAUCAUGGAAGGUGGUGGCAGCGGCGGCGUUCUUGGCGCCGCCCGAGAACCGCGGGAGGAGGAGAAGGGAGCCGCCGCCGCCGCUGAGAGGAAGGGCGGCCCCGUCGCCGGCAUGAAGUUCCAUGUGUCCGCGCGGGCGCCGCACGGCGUCGCGGCGCUGCUGCUCAUCGGCGGCACCGCCGUCGUCGGGGCCGCCGUCCUCGCGUGGCGCCGCUCACGCCGCGGCAACAAGGCCGCCGAGCGCCAGCGCGACCGGCAGCCAGCGUCGAGAGCUGAGGUUUCGGAUGGCGGAGUUGUCGAGGAUGGGAAGGUUCAGGGUGGCGCAUUGGUGCAGAAGCUUGAUCAGUCCAAUGAGAACUUGAGCGCAGAAAAAAAGGAGAUCGGAUCCGGCAUAUUGGAUGGCAAGGCGACAGAGGAAAGCCAUCAGAUUCACAAGGACAACGAGAUCGUUGCGGGUCAAUUGGUUAGCGAACCUGAAGAGACAAUUGAUCAGAAUUCAGGCAAGAAUCCUGUCGAGGUCAACAUGGAUGAUACGCCUUGUAGGUGCCCUCUGUUCAUUUCUUCUGAACUCGAGUUUCAGGACAAAGAACAAGCUGAAAAAAUUGACCAGAAUUCAAGCACAAACCAUGUUGAGAUCACCACGGAUGAUAUGUGUCAGGAAAAGGAACAUGUUGAAAAAAUUGAUCACGUUGAAGGAAUUGAUCAGAAUUCGAGCAGGGACCCUGUUGAGAUUGUCAUGCAGGAGGUCAUCACUUUUUGUUUGAUCCCUGGAAAUGUGGAGAAGGUUGAUGAGGAUUCAAGCAAGAACAAUAUCGAGAAAGAGAUAGCCCAAAAAGAUGAUAAAGAUGUGAAGGCUUCUGAUCAAAGCAAACUCAGUAUCAGUGGUCCGGGAAUCAUCUUCAGUAAAAAUAAUGAUGAAAGUGAUGGUGUCCAAGAGGCCGUCCAAGAGGCCGAAUCAAUGGAGAACACACCGACAGCACAGCUGAUGAUGCAGCAAGACCAACUCUUAGAUGACAUGGUUACAGAUACCGUUACAGAAACAGAAGAAGCAAUUGAGGGUGAAGGAACAAUCACAGACCGAACAGAGCUCGAACAAGACGAAAAGAAAGCUCUGGCAGGACUUACUGAACUUGUCAGCUCACCGGCAGUGUCAUCUCUUGUUAAGCCAGCAGAGAAGAAAGGGCCCGAGUUUCCAGGAUUCAAUGAAAGAGGCAUGAAGAUAGUACAAGAUUAUACCAAUGGUGAGCUAAGGAAGCACGAUAUGAUCAGCAAAGGAGAAGUGCAGGGAGGAGCCAUCGCGACCAUGGAUCGCAGGAGCCCUGCUCUGGCCAUUCUUGCUCUUAUAUUCGCAAUGACCAUCGGAAUAACAAUCAUCGUGUGCAUAUAUGCCCCUACCCGAGCAAAAAAACUCCAGAUGGAUCUGUAGUAAAUUUCCAAGGGUCCAAUGAAGUUCUAGCGGCAAUCAAUACAAAAUGCUGAGGUUGCAAAGUUUCACUAGGCUUUCAAGGACUCAGGUGCAAACAUAGGUGGCAAAAUGAGAGCUGGAACUUAGAAGAUGGGAAAAAAAAUGAAAUGUGGAAGAAUUCAGAUGGACAUUGUGCAGAGUGAUCUGUCUAUACUGAAAUAGUUAAGGAAUCUAGCAAAAAGCGUAACCAAGGAGGUCAGAAGAAUCGGAUCCUCCAUGAGUGCUUGUUUUCUUAGUAAUUAUUUUGUAGGGUACAUUAGUGCUAAAAACAUUUGUCACAGUGCCCCAGUCGCACUAUGUUCGAGUUGUGCUUCGUUUUAUUUGACCGUUCCUCCAGCUCGUCAGUCUUUGGUUCAUUACCUCUGUACUCCUAAUAAUAAUGCUGUCCAGAAAGCGUUAUUUUCACUAGGCAUCUAUUAUUUCAAUGGCUCACAUGAUGGCUCAAUAUGGGAAUACCAGUA